AUGGGGGCCGAGAGCGCGAGCCCUCUGAACGGCGGAUGGAAUGGAACCGACCGGAUCGGAGGGAUGGUUGGAACAAGCAUGAUUACAAGUGGAUGCGAAAUGAAUUUGGUAACAGCAGCUGGGAACCCCAUGGGGCACAAAUCUUGGUCCUGCGUUGGUCAAAACAAAGGCCGCAAAGAAGGAGCAGGAAUACCUACUUACAGCAGCAACAGAUUAUGCGUAGGUAAAGGUAAACAGCUUAACCCCCAAACUUCUUGCGACUCAGCUGAGCAGCACAUCGCAAGGAUCCUCAGUGGAUUAUUUCGCUCUGCUAGACAGAAGGUGCUACGUCGUGCUCAGUUGGAUAGCUGUUCGGUGUUCCUCAAGAUCCUCUACUUGAUUCCUGCUUGCUCUCAGGUUUCUCGGCGUGCAUCGCUGUCCUGGGUUGGGUUAUUUCGCUCUGCUAAACAAAAGAUGCCAAGACGCCCUUUCUCCAAUCUCACAAUCAUCGACAACACAGAUCUGACAGAUCUCGACACAAACUCUUUUGCCAAUGCCAUCAUGGUAGCUGCUCCAGACACAGCUUCACUCCCAUGCAAUGCCUAUGAGCUGAGAGAUGCAAUCUACCAGCAUCAUGGAAUCACCAUAGCCCUCGAAAGCAUAUCCUACUAUGGGCCAGGAUUUUUCCUUCGCCUACCCACACCAGCUGCCAAAACCCACCUGCUAACCAACUGUUUCAUAAGCAUCAACAAUAACAACUUCGUAUUCAUGCCAUGGAAACAGCAACACGGUGCCACCUCAGUUCCACUGCAGGAUUUGCUCAGAUCCAAUCCAUUAAAUCUGCACCUCGCUAAGGAUACCCCUACAAACGAACCAUACGAGCGACUCAUCAUCUACAUCUCGGGCAUGCCACCGCACCUAUGCUCCAACUCAGUCCUAUACUGA